UAGUAAUCAUAUAUCGGGCUGCUGAGCAGAUCGCGUGAGUAUAAACCCCACUAGCCACCCUGGUCAUAGCGACUAUUGAUACCUAAAUACCUAUCUCAUUGGACAACAUUAUAAUAAUCCAUAUGAUAUAAUAAGGCUGUCUCGCAUCACUAUGAAAACUGUGAAAACUACAACAUUCAGAGCUUUCGAUAAAUCCCCUUCGUCAUAGAGUCCAUCAGGUAAGAUAUCUUGUCAUUCUGCAAUGUUAUCCGAUCUAUAGCCUAACAGUUUCAUUAUAGAAUUCCUGUUCGACCCUCCCACAUAACCAUUACUCGAUCGAUUACCUCGCACUUCUACAACAAAUUAUCGCAUAUACUACGUACCUGAGAGUAAGAAUUCUUUUUACUAUCAUAUUUAAAGGAUUUUAUUUAAGAUAUUUAUAGUUUCGACGAGUAUUCGUUUACAUCAUGUCUGCGUCUGAGGAAAAAAAGGAUUUUCAGAUCUGGGGUAUUGAAGAAAGCGACCAUGAUAGGAAGAUUGAGUUCAAGGGAAAAUUGAUUUUGAUCUAUAAUGAAACAACAAAGCAUACACCGGUGGAUAAGCUCGAUGUUAAUAAUAGAGAAGGUUUCAUCAUUCCGAAGGGUUAUACAUGUGAACUUCAUGGUGGUGGUACUGGAUCUUUUGCUAGAUUAUCUGAUAUGAUUUGAGAAAAUAAUUACAAGCCCACUUCCAUCAGCUGC